CUGGGACGUUUGCGUUGCGCGUGCUAAUUAUUUUAUUGUAGCUAUAAGUGAUAAAAGACGCUCAGAAAUGCACUAAACUAGCUUGGCGUUUCACUUCGGAGACAGUUUAUUAUUUCGAUUGCUGUAAAACUAUAAUUUGUAUUUCAAAAUGGCUAACCCAGCCACCGCUCCAGUGGUAGAAGAGAACCCAGAAAUUGAUUGGGGUAACGAGCGAUUACAACGAGCGCAGCGGGCCGUUGAAGCCAACAUAUAUGAUGUGGAUUCUUGGUCUCUUCUGAUUCGGGAAGCUCAAACACGGCCUAUCAAUGAAGUGCGAUCGGUGUAUGAGAAGCUGAUCACAGCGUUCCCGACGACGGGGCGGUACUGGAAGAUCUAUAUUGAGCAGGAGAUGAAGGCGCGAAACUUUGAAAAAGUGGAAAAGCUAUUCCAACGCUGCUUGAUGAAGAUUCUAAACAUCGAGUUAUGGCGCCUGUACCUCAACUACGUGAAGGAGACGAAAUGCAUGUUGCCGACUUACAAAGAGAAAAUGGCGCAAGCAUACGACUUCGCCCUCGACAAGAUUGGUCUAGAUAUCCACGCGUAUCCUAUCUGGAAUGACUACGUCACGUUUCUCAAAAGCGUGGAGGCCGUCGGGUCGUACGCUGAGAACCAGAAGAUAUCUGCUGUCAGAAAGGUAUAUCAGAGAGCUGUUAUCACCCCCAUAAUCGGCAUAGAGACUUUGUGGAAGGACUAUAUUGCGUUCGAGCAGAGCAUCAACACUAUUAUUGCCGAAAGAAUGGCUAUGGAGCGUUCCCGUGAAUAUAUGAACGCCCGUCGCGUCGCCAAAGAGCUGGAGACAGUCACCCGCGGUCUUAACAGAAACAUGCCGGCCACGCCCCCUACCGUCGAUCGGGAGGAAAUGAAACAGGUGGAACUAUGGAAGAAAUACAUAACCUGGGAGCGUUCCAACCCGCUCCGUUCAGAAGACACAGCUUUAGUCGCUCGCCGAGUCAUGUUCGCCAUAGAGCAGUGUCUCCUGUGUUUGGCACACCAUCCCGAUGUUUGGCACCAGGCGGCACAGUUUCUGGACCAUUCGGCCAAGUUACUCACAGAAAAAGGGGACUCAAACGCAGCCCGUCUAUUCUCCGACGAAGCGGCGGCGGUGUACGAGCGUGCGACCAGCGGCCCUUUAAAAAGGUCCACGUUGUUGCACUUUGCCCACGCUGAUUACGAGGAGAGUCGGCUGCACUAUAACAAGGUGCAUCAAGUAUAUACUCGCUACUUAGACAUGGAAGAUAUCGACCCUACCCUGGCCUAUGUACAGUACAUGAAGUUUGCAAGACGUGCUGAGGGCAUCAAAUCAGCAAGAACUGUCUUUAAACGGGCUAGAGAAGAUCCUAGAUCAGCCUACCACGUGUUCGUAGCGGCAGCUUUAAUGGAGUACUACUGUUCAAAAGACAAGAACAUCGCCUUCAGAAUAUUCGAGCUGGGCUUGAAGAAGUUCUCGCACAUACCGGAGUAUGUGCUGUGCUAUAUCGACUACCUAUCGCAUCUUAACGAGGACAACAACACACGCGUCCUGUUCGAGCGAGUUCUGUCCUCUGGAAGUUUGAAGCCGGAGAGCUCCGUGGAUAUCUGGAACAGAUUUCUGGAGUUCGAGUCCAACAUUGGUGACCUGGUGUCCAUCGUCAAAGUGGAGAAGCGUCGGCAGGCUGUGCUUGAAAAGAUCAAAGAAUUCGAAGGCAAAGAGACUGCUCAGCUGGUAGACAGAUAUAAGUUCUUAGACUUGUACCCUUGCAGCAUCGCAGAGCUCAAGUCUAUUGGAUACACUGAGGUGGCGUCAAUGUCGAACAAAUCUUGGGCCCUCGGCGGGCCCUUAGCGGGCAUAUCGCCUGAACUGGCAGCGGUUAUACUCGGACAGAAAGAUAACGACCCCAACAAGGACAUCGCCCGCCCGGACACCAACCAGAUGAUCCCCUACAAGCCCAAGGCGAACCCUCUGCCCGGCGAACACCCUAUUUCCGGCGGCACCUUCCCCCUGCCCCCUGCCGCAGCCCACCUGUGCACGCUGAUGCCGCCGCCGACUUCCUUCAGGGGACCCUUCGUAGCUGUCGACAGGCUCAUGCAGCUCUUCAACAGGAUAUCCUUGCCUGACAAACCGCCGGCGCCGACGCAGGAGAACGGCUGCGACACCAAGCUGUUCGACCUGGCGCGCUCCGUGCACUGGAUCGUGGACGACGACGGCAUCACCACCGUGGCCAGCAAGUCUCGCAGAAGGAAGGCCGGCGAGGACUCGGAUGACGACGACCUGAGCGUGGCGCCGCCCCUCAACGACAUCUACCGCGCGCGCCAGCAGAAACGAGUCAAAUAGACCCCUAGCUCAACCUAGACCUAUUAUAGUAAGCAAACACUCUCUAUGGACUGACAGCUGAACCUAUACCAUAAAGUAUGGAAGGUAGAGUUAAGGAACAGAAUCUCCAUAUACCAAAAAGUGUACGACAAAAAAACCAAUAGGUGACGCUACAAUAUCUAGAAUACUUGAGAAAUUUUUUUAAUCAUAGAUAGCGCACUUCACUCCGUCAAUAACACCUAGGUUCUUAGCUACUCUGGAGAGAUUUGGAACUAAUCUUUAUAGCUGACAGCUGGACACUUUUGCAACAGUUCUGCCUAAGGAGAUUCUGUUCCUUGCCUCUACCUUCCAUAAAAUAAAGCUUAGAGCAUUCAAUCUACCGGAAACCAUUGACUAUCUAAGCACGGGCCUUACGGGCAAUGAGAAUGGGGCCAGUACAGCGGUGUCAUGCACACGAAUUCGAGCCAAUCGUGCAGUCUCACGCAACUAGUUGCACCCAUCGCGUGCAUGAUGCGAACUCAUCAACCUAUCGCGUUGUGGCGUGAGACUGCACGAUUGGCUCGAAUUCGUGUGCGUGACACCGCUAUACUGGCCCCAUUCUCAUUGCCCGUAAGGCCCGUCCUUAUAUAUGGGAGACGCCUUUGUCUGUAAUUUUCUGUAAAGCCGCCAUCAGAUAUAUCGGAGCAGAAAUAUCUGAACACGCACUAACGCUUUGACAAUAGAGGCGUGUUGAGAUAUUUGUGAGCACCUUGGCCGCUCCGAUAUAUUUGAUGGUGACUGUAAAAAAACAGUCUACCGAUUUUUGUGGGGGAGGGGUACGUCAAAACCUAUCAAAUAUUGAUUAAGUUCAAAAUGUGAAAUAUAUUCUCACUGCCAGUUAAAGGGCUUAUUUUUCUGACUUAAAAUAGUGUCAAUACAUAUAAACGCACCUAUAUUGGUGUAAGACAGACAUUUUAUCAAUUCAUCUGAAAUGAAUUUUUAUAAUUAUUAUGGAAUUAAUAAGACAUUUUCUAAUA